AUGUCCAUGGCAAGCUACAGCACUACCACUCCUUCCCAAGAAGCGCAGCUGGGGGGGGCUAUCACGCAAUCUAGACUCUCGUCCGAGGCAUGGAUCGAGAAGAGUACGCCGACGUCAGAUGAUCAUGGCUAUUACCGCACGGCAGGGGGUCUGGACUGCAUGCUGCAAGAGCAGGAAAACAGCACCACCGGUUUCUAUCAACAGGCCGUACAAAGCGUUGGUCCCUGCAGGUCACGCGUUCUAUCGGCUGCCACCUUUCUUCCUGUGAGAGGUAUAGUUGAGAGGGCAACCGUGACUGCUCUAGCACCCUGCGAUGUCUAUGCAGAAGAGGACAAGGAAGAGAUGGAAAAGGCCAACAAGAUAAACACCGAUGUGCGUCAUGCCUUGCAGUCUUCAGCGCCCGUUUGGCUUGCCGAGUGUCGCACCCGCCAAAGUGCGGAACCUCUCAAAGAGGCGGAAGCCCGCAUAUUCGAGGAAUUCUCAAAAAAGGAAGAGUACCAUGGAGUCGCUUUGGAGCAUCUCGACCCAACCAGUGCCAACUUCUCUGGCUAUUGGCACCCCCUUUCGGAGCUUCUGGACAGAUCCGAGGUGGCACCGGAGGAUAUGACACAAAAAGAAUGGCACCAAUUGAUGUUGAUGCGAACACCUCUCUCAAAGAAAUCAGAGACCGCAGGGAACAAGGACGACACAAAUACAUCACUCUAUGAUGCCGAAGACGCUCAGGAUGGUGACAAUGGAUUCUGGGUAGGUGAGAGACCAACGACAGCUAGAUCUUGGGAAGAUCAGGAGGCAGACCCUCUGCGAGCCCAGCCUAUCGGGUCUCUCUAUCGAGGUACAGAUGCUUCCUUGGAAAUGUCGACUGUACCAUUGACGGCUCUAUUCCACGAAACGUUCACUACCGUCAGCAAAGAAGACGACGCUGAGCGUAAAACGGAGGCUGUACAGAGAGCAAACGGUAUGAUGAGUGACAUUAACGAGAUUCUUCAAGAAACAGAACACGAAUGGUAUCCUCAAGUUCUCCAAUCUCGGGACCUUGGAGCUUUCAACACGCAGGAACAGCAAGCUUACGAAAGACUCUCCGGUUUGGAGCAAUAUGAAGGGGUGGGCUUUGUCAAGGUACCUCUGGAUACCGCUCGCGCCGUGUCGAGAAUCAAACCAGAUCAUAUUGGGGACGAGGAAUGGGAGAUUUACUUGAGGGAGUGGGAUGCUGCGCGAGGGUCCAGCAGGCAGCAGGAAGAGGGAGGAGAGACGACGUUGUCUCGCCGAUCGAGGUUUUCGCGCAAGUUGAGGACUUUUUUUCGUAGCCAUGCUUAA